AUGGCUUCCGACAAUUCCCACGACGCCGCCGACCUUAACUCCGUCCUCCGCACCCUAUCCAGCCUCGCCGCGGGCAGUUCCCAAAGCACAGCAAGCGCCCAACCCCAAAACAUCCACCCAGAAACAGCUGGUCCCAUCCACAGGCCGACCCCAGAAAUUGCGUCCCAUAACCCGCACCAGCCACAAUCCAACGCUCUAAACCGGCCGGCUACUCCAACUGUCGACCCGGCAACCAUCACAACCUGGCCCGCUGCGCUGCGCUAUGUCAUGCGCACUGUUGCCCAGAGCGAAGAGACGCAGCUGCGCAUCCGAGGCUUGAUCAGAAGCCAGCAUAGCCACGAGCGGCAGUGGUGGAAUAGUCGCGAGGCGCUGGUGAAGAAACAGCUUGACUCGAAAGAGGUAUCAACUGCAAAAGAAGACGAGGCCGAAAUCACCAACUACGACGCAAAGGUGUACAAGGCCUCUGCACAGAUGGCUGACGCUCUAAUUGCCGAGUUGCGCGGGCUGCGCAUCCCCUUCUUCGUGCUCCGGUCGGGCCUUGUUCGAGAUUCGCCUGCUGGUGGUGAUGUGAAGAGCUCUGAUCAGGCCGCUUCGGGAGUAACCCGGAAUGAGCUGGCGGACUUGCAGCGCCGGAUGCUGGAGUUGCUGCAGGAUCUUUGCAAGGAGUGA